AGGAGUUACUGCAGGCGCUGGCAACGAGUGAGUAAACCAGAAAAUAACGUGAAAAACGAACUUUAACAUGUUGCAAAGAUAAAUUAAACUAUGCCGAAUUAAGUCACGUUGUUUCAUGAUACCACAGGUCUAGCAGUAUGCUGGAAGGGUAUAGUCCUGUGACCCAGGCCCUGCUGGGGACUCUGUUCACCUGGGGCCUGACUGCUGCUGGAGCUGCUCUCGUCUUCAUCUUUUCCAGCCGACAGAAGCGCAUCUUGGAUGGCAGUUUAGGCUUUGCAGCUGGGGUAAUGCUAGCUGCUUCCUAUUGGUCUUUGCUUGCGCCAGCGAUCGACAUGGCUGAGGAUUCUGGGAAGUAUGGCUCGUUUUCCUUCAUACCUGUCGCUGUGGGAUUCACACUCGGGGCAGCUUUUGUUUACUUUGCUGACCUGGCCAUGCCCCUGCUGGGUGUAGGUACCGACCCCCACACUGCCUUUGCUCUGCCCCCUGACUCCAAGACGGCCAAAGAAAAAGCAGAGGGGCCAUCAUUCCAGUUCCUGGACUCCGAUGAGAUGACCAUCAGGAUAGGUAGAUCCGGACCUCUCUCAGAUAAAAUUGAGAAUGGAGAUGUCCACCAGAGAAGGAAAGGACCUCAGUCGAGCCACUCAGAUGGACAGGAAACAGGAACUAGACAUCAGGAAGGAGUUGGACAGAUGGCUAGCAGCUGGCGACGAAUUCUUCUCCUCAUCCUUGCCAUCACCAUCCACAACAUCCCAGAGGGUUUGGCUGUGGGGGUCGGCUUCGGCGCUGUUGGAAAGGCUUCUUCUGCUACUUUCGAGAGUGCCAGAAAUCUGGCCAUCGGUAUUGGCAUCCAGAAUUUCCCAGAAGGCCUGGCAGUGAGCCUGCCGCUGCGGGGUGCAGGCUUCUCGGCGUGGAGGGCAUUCUGGUACGGCCAGCUCAGCGGCAUGGUCGAACCCAUCGCCGGCCUUCUGGGAGCAUUCGCUGUGGUCCUGGCCGAACCCCUGCUGCCGUACGCGCUGGCGUUCGCCGCCGGGGCGAUGGUCUACGUGGUGGUGGACGACAUCAUACCCGAGGCUCAAGUCAGCGGAAACGGGAGGCUCGCAUCCUGGACGUCCAUCCUGGGCUUUGUAGUGAUGAUGUCACUGGACGUGGGGCUGGGCUGAGGUCACCAUGACGACUGGCUAACCUUCAGUGGCCGUCGACGCGACACGUGCCAGUUUUAAAAAGGGACCGAAUGAAGUGAUUCAUUCUAAAAACACUGUUAAUCAAAAUUGUUUGACUUAACGAUACUUGAAGUUCAUCUGUGAAAACAGAAACACAACUGAUUUUUUUAAACCAAGUCAUAAGGAUUGCUGAAUUUGGAACAUUUAUAUUUACCCGUUAUUUACUAAGUUGCUAACAUUUUCCUAAGAGAUGCUGGAAAUAUUAUUCAAAUGUCAUAUCUUGUGAAUCUAUGAACAUUUUAUAAUUACUCAUCUGAUUCCAGAGCUGAUGAAUGUUUUCUUGAGAAAGUGCUGAUAUUUGACAGGUUCUGUUGUCAUUAUAUUAGAAAAACAUACCAAUAUGAAAGCUUAAUGUAUGUGAUUGAAGUUUGAUUGUUUUGGUGAAACUUGAAGUCUGGUGUUAAAUUGGGUGACAUAAGACAAAAAUCUCAUGGUUAUAUCUUGCUUGGUCUGUUCCUUCUUCUGCUGCACUUCUGCCACCUUCCUCUCGGGCUCCAGACCUCUGCUGCCCCUACAGGUCAGUCUGGCGAAGCACGUUUUUGUCCCAGAAGUCUGUUUAAUCAGUUUACGCUGGAUUACGUGUGAAGUUGAAGUAUUUAUACAAUUAAACAGCAGUUUUUUCUCUUUUCUC